CGCUGCACGCUGCGUCUCGGAGCCACGAGGUGUCCUACGGUCCGCCGGGCUUCUGUAAUCCGUCAAACGAGCGAAGGUGCUUCGCUUCUUAAGCGGCGCUGCAGAGCGAGCGAGGAGUGACACCAUGGGUCGCCGUGCUUUGCUGGAUCCUGUCUCGGCGAAGCUGCUGCUGCUAAUGCUUCUGCCUCUAAGCUGUGGACAGCAGAAUGAUGCCACCACCACCCCCAUUGUCGUCGACGGGCCAAGGUACUCGAGUGUCCGCUGCAUUGAUGAGUUGCUGGAUUGCCAGGCGGUGAAAGGCAUAGAAGAUAUCUUGGAGGACUUCACGCAUUACAACAAGAUGGAACGGCCCACCAACCAAGGUGAGCCCACCGUCGUGAACAUCAGCAUGACUGUCAAGAACAUCGCCUCUAUCGAUGUCACAAAUAUGGACUACAAAAUGACCAUCUUCCUGGUGCGCCAAUGGCGCGACAGCCGCCUCAAACUCCGCAAGGAGGCGCAGCUACGAGAAGAUCACAUUGACAUGCCCGACGAAGCGGUGAGCCUCCUGUGGAGGCCCAGCGUCUUCUUCGACAACGAGAAGGACUCGGUGGUGCACUCCGUGACGGCGCCCAACAGCAUGCUGAAGAUCUACAACGACAGCAGAGUCCUGUUCUCCAUGAGAAUCACGCUAACCCUCAGCUGUCCCAUGAACAUCGAAAAGUUCCCUUGGGAUAUCCAAACCUGCCCCUUGACCAUCACCAGUGCCAGCUACACGGCAAACGAAAUGCUUCUGCAAUGGGACAACAAAGAGAGAAGCAUCAUCCACAAGGACAUCACGAACCUCCAGUUUGAAUUAGAAAAUAUCAUAUUGUCCGACAACUGUACCAACUCUGAAAUCAUGGGAAACUUUUCGUGCCUGCACGCCGGUUUCAAGCUGCGUCGGACAAUAUCUUCCUCCGACAAGCAAAUGCUCACGUCGAGUUUCCUCAUCUCCUUUCUGUCCUGCUUUACAUUCCUGAUCCCCAUCGAGAACGCGGGGGCCCGCGUCUCCAUCGGCGUUGCCACCACCAUCUCGAUGGUCACGCAGUGUGCCAGCACUCACGCCAACAUGCCCAAGGUUCCGUACAUGACAUCCAUGGAUUGUUGGUUCAACAUUUCCUUGCUGUUCAUCAUCAUCAUCUUUAUAGUUAGCAUUAUGCAGAUUUGUUUAUGCGGUAGCAAGAAGGACAACUUCACACAAAGAGUAGGGACACCAGCAACUACUUCAACGCAGUCACGACAGACACAAGAUGGACAAGGGACUUCCUCUCAAUCGGCCUCAGCAGCCACUUCAGACUCUGGUGAUGACAUAUCAACUUCCUCGGGCGUUGCCCAACCGGAACAACGCGAGCCAGCAGACACUCCGGGCUCUGGUGAAAACAACGAGCAAGUUCCCUUGAUCCCAAGGCAACGUCAAUCGGGACAAGGGACUUCCUCUCAAAUGGCCUCAGCAACCACUUUGGACCUCCGUGAGGACAGACCGACUUCACCGGGCCGUGCCUCACUGGGACAACGGACUUCCUCUCAAUCGGCCUCAGCAGCCACUUUGGACUCUGGUGAGGACAGACCAACUUCCACGGGCCGUGCCUCACCGGAUUCCAAUGCGGGCAAACAAUCACCAAUCGUCAAGAUGAAGAAAUGCAUCUUAAUUUUAUGCAACGAACAUGAAAUGCGUAUUGGUGUUGUCUGUUUUGGCAUAUCUCUAGGAUUCAUAGUUGCCCUUUUUGUAGUGCACAUGCGCUAUCAUAAAUGUCUGGAUAUAUCUUUAAUAUAGAUUGACCCAAAUCAUUCCGUGUUUCAUCGAAUCACUGGCCCAAUUAGUGAUUAUUCAAUCACUUGUCUAGUGAGCGAUUAUCAAUCACUUGACCAAUUAGAGGUCUUCCAAUGACGUGUCUAAUUAGUGAUUAUCAAUCACUUGACCAAUUACAGAUUUCCCAAUCAUGUGUCUAAUUAGUGAUUAUCAAUCACUUGUCCAAUUAGCGAUUAUCGAAUCACUGGUCUAGUUAGCGAUCGUCUAUCGUCGAGUUAGCGAUUAUCCAAUAACUUUAUCGGGACCUCCUUUGCCAGUACCAAAAUAUAAGAAUAGCUUUUUCCCCUUUUUUCUGGCAACAAAACUGAAACCUUUUUACGAGGAAUGAUGCCUGCAUUAACCACAAUACUUGUGGUCGGAAUGCAAACAAAAACAUACUCUGAUAAAAUAUGCAUUGUCCAAGAAAAUGAUUGGUCCACACCAGAGACAGCUUUCUUUUGAGCUGGUCGAACAUCAUUUGAGACGAGAAGAAUCAACAAACUUGUUCCAAAUUCACAAUCAUCGAAUCACUUGUCCAGUUAGCGAAUAUCCAAUAACUCACUUACAAUUAGCGAUUAUCAAUCACUUGUCAAAUUAGCGAUCAUCAAUCACUUGUUCCAUUAGCGACUGAUCGUGAAAAUCUUCUACCGUGGGAUAUGUAAAUUGUUACGUUUAACGUGCGGCACAGGGAGGCUGAUGGAUGGCCGUCAGAAUGGAGGCAAAGAAGGAGACGUUCUAAACGGUACAGGACAACAAUUGGCAAACGAGAAAGCACAAGGUGGUAAAAGAAAGGCAGUGCACAAGACUUGACAGUGCACAAAGGAAAAUCGCAAAAUACACAAAGACAUACAGGCCGAGAUGUGACCAAAUGGUGAACAUGGAAUGGACGUGCAAGUCCUCUAUUUAUGUUGGGAAUGCAUCCCUGGAAAACGUGACUUUAGGCCGAAACAACGUAAAUAAGAACAAAUGUUCUUGUUGACUUAACGAUGUACAUUUGGAUUCAUCCCUGUGGGCGGUGGUGUGGGGGUCAUUUUUCCGGUCAAAAUUUGCAGACGAAAAUAUUAAUUUUGUUUACUUUACCAGGUUAAGGCCUCACUGAGCUGCUAUGUAGUGGCUCACCUCCGUGCGCCGACCUCCACGUGGUGGCUGCUCUGCGAUAUUACAUUAACAUGCUAAUCUCUCACAUUGACAUAGCCACCUCCACGCGCUCGCUGUGGAGGCCGCUCUCCGAUCUUACAUUGACAUGCUAAUCUCUCACAUUAACAUCACUAGCCCCACCCACUUCGCUUAUGACCCUUGGGCUACACCCAUUUUAAACCUUUAAAAAACAGCCUGCCUUCAGCAGCUUCCCCCUCUUUUUUCCUCCUGAUCAUGAUCGAUUGGGUUGUGAUCGAAACGUCGUAGUUUUUUGGUUAGUUUAAUUUCAUUUUUUAUUAAUUUGAACCUAACUACAUGACUUUAGCGAAAAACCGAAAGAAUAUGUAGUAGCUCCUAGCUAUCACAAAUGAUAGCAGCUCAACAAAGGGGAUGAUAUCAUCAUCAUCAUCAUCGUCACAUGUAAAUAUAUAGCAGCAGCCAAAUAGUCUAAACGUGUGUUUCUAAAUGUGGAAGGGAAAUCUCAGAGGACACAAAGAGAGACACUGCAAACUCCAAAUAUACAGCAGCAGGCAUCGUCAGGGUCGGUAUCGAACCCAUGACCCCCUGCAUACCAGACGAGGUAGUUAACAUCUCCUAGUCACCGAGAUGUUGAUGAAAGAAAGAGACGCAGACUCCAUAUGUAUAGCAGCAGGCAUCGUCAGGGUCGGGGUCGAACCCAUGACCUCCUGCAUACCAGAUGAGGGAGUUAACAUCUCCUAGCCAACGUGAUGAUGCGAGAGAGACGCAGAUUCCAAAUAUACAGCAGCAGGCGUCGUCAGGGUCAGGAUCGAACCCACAAUCUCCUGUGUACCAGGCGAGGUAGUUAACAUCUCCUAGCCACCGUGGCGCCCCUGUGGUUCUUGCCUGGAAUUAAAAAAUAUAUAUUGAAAGUAGCAGCAACAAAAGAUGACUAAAGAUAACCAAAAAAGAUGUUAGGUUACAAGUUUAAAUACAUAACGUGAGUUAACCGAAUUGUAUGCUUACCAGAGAUGGUGGUAUUUAGAGAGGGUAGCAAGGGCGGUAUCCAGUAUGGCGAUGUUGUGAGGAGCAGUCUGUUCUUGUGCAACGUGGUAGUUUGCAUUCCUCAAGAACACCGCGUUAUGGAAAAAAAUCGCAUCCUAAUAAUUAAUUAUAUCGGUAUUGAGUGUGCACAGAUUAUCGCCCAAGCGACCAGCUGGAUAAUUAUCUUGAUGGUCGAGCCAGUGAAUGAUAUAUCACUGUGUAGCAAAAAUAAAUUGUUCCUGGAUAGUGUUUUUUCCUAAUUGUUUAUGCCUCAAAAGUACAGAAAAUGGCUAUUAUUCCCCACAAACUUUGCUUUUGUGACCAGGACAGUUAUAUUCUUGAAAUUUACCUAUUUUCAAUGAGAAAAACGCGUGCAUUUGUGUCAUUUGCUUUGGGUCUUUCGGUAAAGGCACGUAGAUAGGUUCAAAGAAAACAACAAAAAACGACGUUUCGAUCGCAACACAAGCGGUUGUCAUCAUGAAAAGAGGGGUUAGCGUCUAAAGACAACUGUUUAUAAAGGUUUGAAAUGGGCGUAGCUGAAAUAGCAGCAGCCAUUGUUAGUGUAAGUGGUGGGCAGCGACUAAGUGGGUGGUUGGUUUUCCACCAAUCAAAGUCUGCCAGGUAAAAAUUUGCAUGUCAAUGCAAGAUCGCCGAGCAUUCUCCACAGCGAGCGCGCCGAAGUGGCUAUGUUACUGUGAGAGAUUAGCAUGAUGUUAAUGUGAGAGAUUAGCAUGAUGUUAAUGUGAGAGAUUAGCAUGAUGUUAAUGUGAGAAAUUAGCGUGAUGUUAAUGUGAAAGAUUAGCACGAUGUUAAUGUGAGAAAUUAGCAUGUAAUUGUAAGAAAGGAGAGUGGCCUCCUCUACGAGUGCACGGAAGUGGCUAUGUUAAUGUGAGAGAUUAGCGUGAUGUUAAUGUGAGAGAUUAGCAUGAUGUUAAUGUGAGAAAUUAGAGUGCACGGAAGUGGCUAUGUUAAUGUGAGAGAUUAGCGCGAUGUUAAUGUUAUAAAUUAGCAUGUAACUGUAAGAUAGGAGAGCAGCCUCCUCUACGAGCGCACUGAGGUGGCUAUGUUAAUGUGAGAGAUUAGCAUGUCAAUGCAAAAUCGGUGAGCGGCCUCCAUGGCGAGCGCGCCGAGGUGGCUAUGUUACUGUGAGAGAUUAGCAUGUCAAUGCAAAAUCGGUGAGCGGCCUCCACGACGAGCGCACUGAGGUGGCUAUGUUACUGUGAGAGAUUAGCAUGUCAAAAGCAGAUCGGUGUGCGCACUGAGGUGACUAUGUUAAUGUGAGAGAUUAGCGCGAUGUUAAUGUUAUAAAUUAGCAUGUAACUGUAAGAUAGUAGGAGAGCGGCCUCCUCUACGAGUGCACGGAGGUGGCUAUGUUAAUGUGAGAGAUUAGCAUGAUAUUAAUGUGAGAAAUUAGAGUGCACGGAAGUGGCUAUGUUAAUGUGAGAGAUUAGCAUGAUGAUAAUGUGAAAAAUUAGAGUGCACAGAAGUGGCUAUGUUAAUGUGAGAAAUUAGCGCGAUGUUAAUGUUAUAAAUUAGCAUGUAACUGUAAGAUAGGAGGAGAGCGGCCUCCUCUACGAGUGCACGGAGGUGGCUAUGUUAAUGUGAGAAAUGUCAUCUGUUAAUGUAGAAAAUCAGAAAGCCGAAAAUAACAACUAAUAUCGGAAGGUGGUAGGAUGGGAACAUCACAGCCAGUUAUGACUUAAACUGGUUGAUAACGUCCUUCCAAUGAUUGCUCAGUUUGUACCCAUCUUCUCGGUUGAAAUUGUGUCUGUGUCUAUAUAUAUGGAUGGCUUCAUGAACGAAUCUUUGUUGAUAGCCAGUGGGGUUGCAAAGUAUCUUCGUCUUAGAGAAAUCAAUUUUGUGUGAGUCCACCGCAUUAAAACAAUGAUCAGCCACGGUCGAGGUAUUGGUCCUACCGCAUUUCAGAUCUGCCUCGUGUUCACAAACACGGGCCGAGACAUGUCGCUUAGUUUUGUAUGAGGAAGGCGUGCAGGCUGCUGCACAGCAGCAAACCAUCCGGGAGGGAGCCCACGUUGGGUGCUCGCAGCCAUGAGCAAGUGCCCUUGCAUGUGCAAAGACUGUGUCAGCAAGUCUCGACGUGAAGACAGAUGCAAAGAGAAGGCUCCAGCAAGUCUGGACGAUCUUGGUUGGGGAAACUCCCCAGAGUGUCCAAAAGAGACUGCGGAGGAAAUUCCCCCAGAGAAUCCGCGAGGAUAAAAGCAGGGCAAGAAGGGAUGUUCGGGGCUGUCGAGAAGGACUCGGGCCGUCGUCGCUGUCUUCACGUUGUCGCUGUCUGCUCCGACAUCCGAUCUUCAGGUCGGCAUUAUCUCAUGACAAUGUGGUCCUCAGCUCUGUUGCGUGCAAUAAAAUAAACCUCUACAGCUCUGCUGGACGAGCUGCAAGCGCUCUGGGCCAGCGCCGCUAUGGAGCAAUCCGACUGAUGAUCGAGCCUGGAGGGUGGGCAGCUCUGAGUGGACAGCGAGCCGCGUUGCUCACAGCAGACCGAGCCUACUGAUCAACGCAUCCCUGGUGGGACUUUGAGGGUAAUUUUGGGGGCUGGUAGAAGACAGAAGGCGGACACGGACUCACCAACAGAUGCACCCGUCACGUGACCAUGCAGCUCACGGGUGGGGACGCCACCUCGUGCGAGGUUCGCACGGGAACCAACUCAGAUCACUCUACACAUCGUGACUAGUGGACCGUGCAUCACGAUUGCCACCCUGAUAAUCAAAACCAAGGUGGCGGGAUGAAUAUUUUAGUUGAGAUAGUCGCCGUUUGCUUUUCUUUUAAUCGCAUAAUCUUGCUCAUGCUAUCGUUGAUGUCAUUCCAACCAUAUGAUAAUAAUUCAUUUUAUGAACCCAUAUGCCUGAAUAGAUACUAUGAUUUUUAGAUGGUAGCAGUUUCUUUUCAUUUAAUCGCAAACUCUUGCUAACUCGAUCGUUGAUGUUAUUCUAAACAUUUGAUAAGCAUUCAUUUAUGAACCAAUAUGCCUGCAUUGACACUAUGAUUUUUAGAUAGUAGCUGUUUGUUUUCAUUUUAAUCGCAUACUCUUGCAAAUCUGACCGUUGAUGCCUUCUAAACAUCUGAUAAGGAUACAUUAUAUUGUAACACGAAUUCUGACAUUGAUACUGCUAUUGUGGGUUAGCCUAUACGUAGUCUUUGAUCACGUGAUUGUGAGAUCGGAUUGUUGGUGCUUCUGAACAUUCGAUAGGCAUAUUUUAUGGCCAUGCAUUCCGUAUGAAUAUUGCUAUUUUAGGGUCUGCCUAUUGCUUUAUUUUUUUAUCACGUGAUCGUAAACAUUAGCCAAUACUUUUUUUUUUGAAUAUCAUACAGAUUCAUGAGUACGUAUAUUUGCAUGGGUACUGUCGUUGCUAUUAAUUCCUGUUGAUAGGAGUUCUAGAAUCUAGAGUAAGUUGAUAUUAAAGCUGCUUAGAUUAAAAACACAGGUUUCCGAGUGCUUCUUUCCGAAAUGCGUGCAUCACUGUCGUAAUAGCGAACUGUAUCCUGCGUUGAGAUCUGAAUCCCGAGACCUGACAUAAUUACACACGUAAUUGGUACAGCGAGAACCAUUGACAUUAUCACGAUUUCUUUCGAUUUAAAGCU